ACUGACAGUCAAAGCGCGAUCACGGACACAGAAACAGCCGGGACACGUGAUCUGCUCUCUGAUUGGUCAGUGCGUCAGAGGACAGCCAAUCAGAGCGAUCGCCGGGCGGGACCGCUCUGAUUGGUCCCUCUGCACGUCAGUGAUGCACUGCUGCUGAAAGCAUUGGAGAUCGCCGCGGCUUCACUCCAAUACGUCCAGUUGCGCGAACCUGUCGGGACGUAUGCAUACGUCCUGUAGCAGGAAGGGAUUAACCCUUUAGAUUGCGUCUGUCCUAUUCCCCUGCCUUUUACCAUCCUGCCGCCAUGCUCCUCCAUCCCUUUUUGCAUUCUUCAAUAUGAACAAAGCCUGAGGAAAUGUUUUGCUACUAGACGUGCACCACACCUGUUCUCAUCUCAGUUGCAUUGAUGUGGAUGGAGCCAAGUUGUAAUACCACACCUCUAAACUAAGACUAGAGGCUGAACUGGGGAUCAGAGUGGGAGCAUAAGGAGUUGAGCAACUCUUCACUCCAACCCGCAGGCUAGAUGUGCCACCAUCCGGGAGGAAGUGACGGCGGCAUGCGCUAGAGCCGCGCGCUCCGGGGCUCCGGCCCCGCCCCCUGAGCCCUCGGGACGGACGUGGAGCGGAUGCCUUGGAAGUGGAAGAAACUGAGGAUGGGCAGUCUGUGCCCCCUAUGGGAACCCAAAUGUUGGAGGAGAUCUUGGGAGGGGUCCUCGUCUGACAAGAGUAUGUGCCAGUGUGUCUUCAUGAUUUGAUAUACCUUCUCUGAACACGCAUCACUGCUGGUUUACUUCUUUAUAGGACACAUCCUGCUGUUUCAUAAAGGGAAGAAGAUUAUGUGGAACAGCAAAUAGAACUGAGACUGAACUUCCCCCCUGAUGUUUCCUUAUUUAUUAAGUAAAAGCAAAUAUUUGUAAAUAUAAGAUUAUAAUUGAGGAAAGAAGCUAGGUCUUGGCUGGUAAUGACAUGACUUAAAUGUUAUAUCCGUUUACCGUAAGUAUUGACGAUGUCUGCUUUUAGACCUCCCUUAAGUAAACCUCUGAAGAAUAUAAAUAUAUACAACAAUGUGAAGGAGAAUUACUUGCCGAAUCUAUUGCUCCAGGUUCACACUCCUCAACUAUGACGCCCAUAGGAGUCAUUGUCCUUGCUGUUGUGGCAUUCAUCAGUUUCACAGGUGUCAUCUGUAACCCUAAUGAUGGUGGAACUGAGCCUAAGGAUGAAUGCAAAGACUAUAAAGAAGCUUGCACAAGAGAGUAUAAACCAGUCUGUGGAUCUGAUCAAAACACCUAUAACAACAAAUGUCUUUUUUGCAAUGCUAAGAAAACUAAGGCUGACCUAGAACUUGUAGCUGAAGGACCAUGCCCGGAUGAAUGCAAAAACUUCGAAGGAGAUGCCUGCACUUUGCAACUUGAUCCAGUCUGUGGAUCUGACGGUCAAAACUAUGGCAACAAAUGUUCUUAUUGUUUUGCUAAGAGAAGCAAUCCUGAGCUGUCGAUUGCACCAAAAGAAGCAUGUCCAACAAAAAAUUAAUAAAUGCAGCAUAUUUGCAUGUCUUGUCAAAUAAUGACCAAAACUUCAAUAAAUGGAAAGGCAUACUAACAUUGUGUUUGAGUCUGGUUAAAUUGAACCAUGUAGGGUACUAUUACAUACAGUAUAAGGAUAUUUUAAUGUGUUUAAUAUACACAAACUGCAUGUAAUAACGCUUGUGUUCUGUAUAAUUGGUUAGAAAGUCAAACAUUUGAAAAAACAUACUUUUUCAUCCAUUUUUUUUUUAAAUGUUUUAUUAACCCCUUAAGGACAUAACCUAAUUUGGUCGCUUUCCUUUUUUUUUUUUCUUCUCACCUUUUAGUAGCCAUACUUUAAUUUUUCCACCCACAGACCCAUAUGAGAGUUAGUUUUUUUUUUGCUUAACAAAUUGUACUUUGUAAUAACACCUUUAAUUUUACCAUAAAAUGUGCAGCAAAACAAAAUAUGAUUAUUUGUGUGGGGUUUGAAAAGAAAACCACAAUUUCAAUAAUCUUAGGGGGGCGGGUGGUUUUUACGAAGUUCACUUUCUGGUAAAAAGGAGAUGUUCUCUAUAUUCUGUAAAUCAAUGUGAUUAAAACAA